UAGAGUGAGAUUCUUUAAAAAACAAUGAGGAAUUAAGAAAUGACAAAGUAUAUAAAGGGCAAAAAAGAAAGAGGGAGAGAGACCAACAGACAAAGAUACAGGCAGAGAUGACAUAACCUAACCAGGUCCAUCUGGUCAUUUCAAGAGGAAUACAUUUCUCAGACGCCAUUCUGCUUUAAUCAAGUUUAUUGAAGAAAGAAAACCAUACAAGUUUUGAACAACAUGAGGUUCUUCUGAGGCCUUCCUGAUGGGAUCAAAAAAUGUGAUCAUCUCAAUGGACAACAUCACAACAACAAUCAAUUAUGAGGAUGAGAGCAUUGUUGGUAACAACAUCUCUGUUACCUUUGGAGCCCUCAUCCUCAGCAUUGUCUUCCUCCUGGGCGUUCCUGGCAACCUCUUUAUUAUUUGGAGCAUCCUGGCACGUGCCCGCAAGUGCUCCAUCACUACUGUGCUCAUCUUCAACCUGGCAUGCGCAGAUGGUUGUCUGAUGUGUCUGACAAUUUUCUUUAUAAUAUACCUAGCCAAGCAGAACUGGGUGUUUGGAGGUGUUAUGUGCAAGUUUCUAUUCUAUUUGUGUAAUACAAACAUGUACGCCUCCAUUAUGAUCAUUACACUGAUGAGUCUACACAGACUAGUGGCAGUGGUGCGGCCCACAUACUUGAUUGCCUGUACUCGUAGAAGGACAGUAUUACUUGUACUUGGGGGCCUGUGGAUUGUCGUAUUUCUUUUUGCUCUGCCAGCUUUGAUAUUCAGAGCAGAAAUAACAGAGAAGAAUGACCGCAUUGUGUGUGCAACUAAUCACACAAAGUCAUGGCAUGUGGUUUUCCAGUAUACACUUGAGACAGUGAUUGGUUUCCUGAUACCAUAUGUGAUCAUAGUCAGCAGUUAUGUGUGUAUCCUCCGACGCCUCCGACAGACCAAGUUCAGGAAGAAGAUACGAAGCGAAAACCUUAUUCAAGCCAUAAUUGUGACAUUCUGCAUUUUUUGGCUCCCUUACCACGGUGUUAAUAUAGUGAAAGUGGUUGCAGCACUUGCACCAGAGGGAUCGCCACUCAAAAGGACACUAGAUCAUAUCUGGCAUUCCAGUCGUGCAGUUUCAUCCGCUCUGGCUUUUAUCAGCAGUUGUGCCAACCCUGUCCUUUACACCUUUGCUGGGCGCUCCUACAUCAAGGCUGAUGGCCUGGCAUUCAUGGCCAGACUCUUUGAGGGCACCGUGCUGGACAAUGGCACCAAGAGAAAUCAUCAGACCAGAGAUGUCAUCAGGCUCCAAACCUCACAAUCUUAAGGCUGGCACUUCUGAGUGCAUUUUCUACAUUAAAUUUUUAAAUUGUAUUAAGUUGCACAUCUUGACAUUUUGACUGAUACUGUAGGGAACAAAUAAGUGCAAUGAGCUCAUCUAAAAAGUAGGCAGCCCUAAAGGCCUACAGUUCGUAUGUCACAGUUUGUGGCAGUUUGCUUGAAUUCAAAAUAAACCUGCUUUUAAAUGAUUGUAAACAGCAUUUUUCACAGAGUAUAAAUGGGUCAGGUUUAAACUUUUUUUUUUUUUUUACAGUGGUCUGAACAUUACUGUACAACUACAUUAAAGAA